UUGUGGCCUCCUCUGGGUGGUUUAUCUGGGUCCUCCAUCUUACUGUUUAACUUGGUGAAUAUUUGGUCUAAAACGGAGCUAUUUCCCAGUUCAUCAUUCAAUUCUUGUUUUCCCUUGAGUGAUGUGGUAGCCAAGUCGCAGUUCUGGUGAAAUACUCUUAUCACCUCUCCUGAAGUAGACAAUCAACAGAUGACCACAGUGCCUCGAAUUGCUACCAGAAGCAAAUUAUAAGGGGAAAAGAGCAAGAUUCAUGGUCUUCUAAUAAGCUCUUUGUGGCAAAUCAUGGAGAUGAUCAAUACAACCACCUCAUCAAACACCUCAGACAUGGACCUGGACCACUGUGAUUCACGUUGUAGAAUGAUUUUGAUCAUACUCUACAGCCUGGUUUUGUUUGGAGGCACUGCUGGAAUAAUUUUGAUGUCAUGUAUGAUGUUCAAAAAGAAUAGCCGAUCAAUUAUUGCCACGAUUGUCACCAACCUCAUAGUGCUACACUCUAUCCUCCUGGUCAGCCUUCCUUUCCGCCUCAGCUACUAUGUCUUGGUCGUUUGGGAAUUUGGCUCCUUUGCCUGCCGUGUGGUUAGCAGCCUCAUAUAUGGUCAUAUGUACUUCUCCUUUGUUUUCUACGUGACCAUUGUUGUACUCCGAUUGCUCAUCUAUUUUAAAAAACUCCAAAUGCAACAGUUGAAAAAGUACCACGUGACAGUUUUAAGCAUUAUUAUCUGGCUGAUGGGUGGCCUCAUUUUUUUGCCAAUUUUUUUUUUACAAUAUGGCAUAAAUCCAAGUCACUCAGAACAACAAAGAUGCUUUGAGUUCUACAAAGACCUCAGGCGCCAGGAGCUCAUUGUCAUGAACUACUUUAUGAUUGCUGUUAUGAUAACAACUGUUCUGGUCCUCUUUCUGAUACAGAUGGCUGUUAUCUUUCAACAGAUCAAGGCUCUGUGGCCUGACAUGUGGGCCCAUCAAGAGUACAGAGCCCAGAUCAAGAGCUGCUUCUUCCUCCUAAUAAUCGCUGUUUGUUUUAUGCCCCACCAUGCAUUUAGGGUACACUUUAUUCAAAAUUAUUCAGAGAUAGAAAAUUCCAAGUUAGUUCUUUAUAACGAAAUUUGUGUUGCUUUAACUACUGUCUGUUGCCUGGAUAUGCUGUGUUUCAUAGGUGGAGUUAUUCAUUGAACAUGCCUACCUCACUCGCUUUGUUAUCCGUGUCCCCACCGUUGUGAAUAAAUGAUUUCAAUUGAUAG